AUGUCCAUGUACAAACUCUUUCUGCUGAGGCAUGGGGAGGGGGCGUGGAACCGGGAGAACCGUUUCUGCAGCUGGGUGGACCGGAAGCUGAGCGAGGACGGCGUGAAGGAGGCCCGGGAUUGUGGCCGGCUCCUGAAGGAGUUUGACAUAGUGUCCACCUCCAUCCUCACCCGCUCCAUCCAGACGGCCUGGCUGGUCCUGGAGGCCAUGGGGCAGGAGUGGGUCCCUGUGGUGAAGUCGUGGAGGCUCAACGAGCGUCACUACGGAGCCCUGAUUGGCUUGAACCAGGGAGAAAUGGCCGCCCAACACGGAGAGGAGAAUGUGAAGCUGUGGCGGAGGAGCUACGACGUCACGCCGCCUCCCAUGGACGAAUCGGACCCGUACUUCAGUGAAAUCUACACCGAUCGCAGACACAGCACGUCCGACGUAGAGAAGGAGAAGCUGCCUCGGGCCGAGAGCGUGAAGGAGGUGUCGGACAGACUGCUGCCAUAUUGGGAAAGCACUGUGGUCCCCGAGAUAUGCCAAGGCAGGACGGUGCUGAUUGCGGCUUAUGGAAACAGCUGCAGGGCCCUUCCAGGGAUAUCGGAUGAGGAUAUCGCCGGCGUGACUGCUGGAGCUGGACACGCGGUUGAAGCCUGA